CGGCGGCCGCUCGGGCUCAAGAACCUCGGCAACUCCUGCUACCUCAACAGCGUCCUCCAGUGCCUCACCUACACCCCUCCCCUCGCCCAAUUUUGCCUCUCCUCGCAACACUCCUCUCUAUGCAAGUCGCUGAUCGCGAAUCGGGAGAAGGAGUGCCCGUUCUGCGUCCUCGAGCGCCAGAUCGCGCGGCUCCUGAGCCUCGACGGGCCCCUCCUCGACGCCCCGUCCAAGAUCCAGAAGUGCCUGGCCCUGUUCGCCGAGCACUUCCGGUGGGGGCGCCAGGAGGACGCGCACGAGUUCCUCCGCUACGUGAUCGACGCCUGCCACAACGCCUGCCUCGACCUCCUCAAGCGGCGCCAUGUCGCCGCCGCGAAGGGGGCGGGGGCGGGGGAGGGCGCGAGCACGGUGAUGAAGGAGAUCUUCGGCGGCGCGCUCCUCAGCCAGGUGAAGUGCCUCUCCUGCAAGGAGGAGUCGAACAAGACCGACGAGAUCAUGGACAUAAGCCUCGACCUGUUUCAGAGCACCUCCUUGAAGGAUGCCCUAGCACGGUUCUUUCAGCCUGAGGUCUUGGAAGGGAGCAACAAGUACAACUGCGGCAAGUGUAGAAAGCUAUCUGUGGCCAGAAAACAAAUGUUCGUACUUAGAGCGCCUAAUGUGCUUGUCAUACAGCUCAAGAGAUUUGAGGGCAUACAUGGUGGGAAGAUCAACCGGAACAUCGAGUUUGAAGAGGUUUUUGCGCUUUCAAAGUUCAUGUAUAAUACAGCCCAGGAUUCACAAUCGGAGUAUAAUCUUUUCGGCAGCAUUGUUCAUUCAGGUUUCUCACAUGAGUCUGGUCACUAUUAUGCAUAUAUCAAGGAUGCUUCUGGCCGCUGGUACUGCUGUAAUGAUGCACAUGUUUCUCCCUCAAGCACCCAAGAAGUCUUAUCUGAGAAAGUCUAUGUUCUAUUCUAUUUACUCAGUAAACCAAGUCUAAAAUCUAACAAAACCAACCAUCAGUCACAUGCUACUAAACCAUCAGAAUCCAAUGGAAAUCAUGUAACACCAAGCAAGUCUUCGGAGCUUUUGAAGGCACCUUUAGCAAAACCAAAUGGAACAUCUUCUUCUUCCAAGAACAAUAAUACAAAUGUGUUGAAGAAUGGUAGAAUAGCUCCAAAUCCACAGAUAAAGUUUGAGAUAAAAAGAUUUGCUGCAAAUGGUAAAAGCAACGCUGAGACUAACAAUAAUGCAGCAAUUAAAGGAAAGGAUGCAUUACCUGAAUCAGGCUCUUUAGGGGAAUCUACAAGUGAGUGUAGCGAGGCUAUCAAUGGGAGCACUUUGUCUCAUUCAGUGGAAAGCAACUCAAAUGGGAAUGGAUGUGCUAAUCUAUUGCGAAAAGUACAUGAGAAUGGAUCGGUGGAAAGAGAGAAUGGUAAUCCGACUCGCAGAAUUAUCAAAAAUGACAACUCUGGUGUAUGGAAAAGUGGGAGAGAACCUGGCAACUCUGGAAAUGUUGGAGAUUCAGUUAUACAUUCUGGAGAGUCAGUUAUUUCAUCCAAAGAUGAUUCAUGCAAGACCAAGAGUACCGGUAGCAGGCAUUUUCGGGAGGAGCUUGAAAAGUUUAAAGAAGUGCUUGUUGGAGAAGCCACUUCAGAGUUACAAUCCUGUGGUUGGGUGGAUGACGUGCAUAAUUUCAUGCAGAGUAGAAAGAGAUUAUGCAUGCAAGAAGCAGAUGAUUCUCCGGACAGUAGUGUUAUAAGGAAGCAGCUAACAACUGAAGCAAAAAGGACCUUUAUCUCUCAAAUCCCAGAGUCACUUAAAGGGCACCUCAUCGAGCGCCUCAGAUCAUUUAGUCAACGGAAGUUUCUAUCGGAUGAUUAGAUUGUCCUUUCAGAUGACUAAUACUAGCUGUAUACAAGGGUAGGGUAGUCUACUUAUUCUUCCGACCUACGUUGCUGCUGUGCUGGAUGUAAAUCUCUAUUGCUGUAUUGGUUACUCGAUGGAACUUUUCUCUCUCGCACAGCAACAACUCCUGGUGCAUGCCUGUAAAAUUUCAUGUUGAUAGCAAACACCUGUUUCCGUGUUUUCACACUUCCGAGGAUGAAAAUUUUCAAGUUGCAGAGGUCGAGCGAAGAGUUAAUUCCGGUGUAAGAUAUCCUUUUUGAUGAUAUUUUCUAGGCUUUAUUCAUGGCGGUCUCUCUUUCUAUUUUUUUGAGAAGAAAAUGAGAUAUAUAUAUAUAUCGUGAAGAUAAUAAGAAUUUAGUAAAUGAAUUCAAUGAGUUUUGACAUUACCUAAUUUAGAAUAUUGCUUCCCAAUCUUCUAGUCUAUUAUACAGAGUCCGGCUACUAUACUCUUACGAGUAUAGGCCCUUUUGUACUUAUAAAUUUUCGGCUGUUUGAUCUACCCCUUUGGUCAUUUUUACCCAUUAGAUCAUAUUAUUCAACCAACCACCCACUCAACCCUAGGGGAAUUACUAUCACCCUAACCGCACAUCCCUUCAUCCAACGGCCGAAAACUUAUGAGUAUAAAGAAGUCUAUACUCAUAAGAAUAUAGCAGCCUUAGCCCUAUUAUACAUUAUAUGGGGAAAUUCAUAGGUAAGUCCUCAAUUUUGCAGUCAAUUUUAGAAAAGAUGCCUAAUUUUUCGUCUUCGCAUGUGAAUCCUGAAGCUUUAUUCUCGUAGGUAAUUUGUCUUAUUCUAUCAAAUUGUGAAUGCCAAGGCCCUUCAAGGAACAAAAAUUAAACUUUUUUGCUUUAAAUCAUUCGAGAAAAUCUUCAUGCCAAGUUGGUAACUUAUUUUGACACCCAUAUAGGGCUUAAGUGUAGGAAAUGUCAAAGUGUAUUAUUAGUCUUGUUGGAUUCACCAAGAAGCAAGGGGAGCUUAACAUUUAUUGGAACAUUUCUUUUAGUUUCAUUCGUUUUAUUUACCACUUUCUAUGCCUUAUUUUAGCUGUGCAUUCAUUAAGCUGUAUUUUCAAUUGCCAUAAAUGCAUUUGCAGUAUGCUUUUAGUGAGGCAAUAUCACUUAUUAUAAGUCUUAUUAAUUGAUGCUAACAUAUAGUAGUGUUAUUUCAAACUUAGAUUGGAUUGGUAGUAUUUGUGAUAUUCAAAACCGUAUUUUGUCUGAAAGGAACGAGUGGGUUAGGAGCCAUAUUCUAGCUAACAUUUACAUGCUUUUUUUUCUUUUAAUGUUAAUUCUUAUGUUUUUUUUGUAAAGUCCUGUCGAUUCUCGUACUUCUCGAAUAUUAAUUAAUCCGUAGCUGUCCGGGAAACCGGUAAUGUUAUGGACAAUGCCAUCCCAAUUUUUUA